CUUUAGAUCAUCAAAACGUUUUGCAUAAAUAUCGUUAAAUAGCUACUUAUUUAGAAUUUUAUUACUGUCUCUUCUCACAUCCAAUUAUCAUAAUGGAAGGUUUAUUUUAUUCAGUAAUUGUCUUCAUUUUUCUGACACCAGGGUUAAUACACAGCAAAGUCUUACAAGGCUGCUCAGAACCGGAAACUAUGCCCACUAUGAGUUUUGAGGAAAACUUAAAUAUAACAAUAGAACAGUCUUUUAGUAUUAUCCCUGGCUGGUACGAAACAAUCGCAGCUAAAAACGAAGUUCCUUUGGAAUAUAUAGAUGUUCACCACAAACAUUUCUUCGGACAUGGCAAAUGUAAAAAUAAUAAUAAGAGAAAUCGCAAACAUAAAAGAGACAACACUCUGAAUAAUCUUAGUGAAUGUAUGUGGAGAUAUAUUGAAAACCUAGACAUAAAUAGAAAACCUAGCAAACUUCUAGAAGUUGAGUGUAUAUGCAGCUCUCCACUUAAUGCUAGGAGAAAUGUUGAUUUGAUUUGUGAAAGGGUAUUUGAAUAUGUAUCCGUGUAUAGAAGAAUUGGGUGCGUCAAUGGAGUGUUUGAGUACAAACGCGUAUGGGAGCCAAGAGCAGUCGCUUGUGUCGCAACAACAAUGCCCGAACCUACCCGGCUUCGUACAAUGGCUUACAGAAUAUCAGAAUAACUUAGGGAAUUGACAAAAAUGGUUAUAUAUAAUAGACUUAGUCAUACCAAAAUAUCAUUAUGAACAUAGCAGAUUUUAAAUGCUUCUCCAACUUGAUGUAGCUUAGUUAUUGAACAAUAAUAGUACAAUUUUAAAUCAAAAUUAGUGCAAUAUAAUACAUUGUGUUGAAAUACUUAAUCAUAUUCAUAUAUGUAUGUCAAUAAAAAUGAAAUUUAUAACAU